AUGUUUGAAGACAAGCCUGGUGAGCAUACCAUGACAUUACUAGAUUGGGAUUUUGAGCCAGAGUAUGGAAGACUGAUGUCUGGUCUUGGGUAUUAUGAAAAAACCCUUCCGGGACAGGUACCUGAUAAUCAUCAUAAGCGCUACAAUUCUACAAGAAGCUAUGUAAAUGCUGAUGUAGGUCCAGUCCCUUUCUAUUCAGGACUCAUCAAUGGUAAGGGAAGGCAUAAAGAUGUGGAUUAUGCUGAGACAAGACUAAGUGUGUUUACUGUUGAAUCUGGCAAGAAGUACAGGUUUAGAUUGAUUGGAGCUCAGGGAAUGUAUGCUUAUAAAUUCUCCAUUGAUGGGCAUAAACUAACUGUAGUUGCUACAGAUGGUUAUUGGACAAAACCAGAAAAAGAUGUUGAUUAUAUAAUAAUUCACACAGGAGAGAGGUUUGAUUUUAUUCUCAAUGCCAAUCAACGCAUAAAGGAAUAUUGGAUGAGAGCUGANACGUUAGAAAUAAACCAAACUAGUCGGUCCAGCCCUCCGUACGAGUCUCUUGGUCAUGUUGCUGAGGGAAUUCUUCAAUAUGUUGAGGAAGGAGAGACUAACGUACCAAACAUACCUUCAACAAGAUACCAAUCUAUCAAAGAUAACUCUCCUCCAAUUGUUUGUACAUGUGAUGAGCCAUGCAGUGCAAUCAAUUGCCCUUUCAAGGAUUUUCAUCCAAGCUACAACACAAAAUGCACUAAUAUUGCAGAGAUGCAUCUUCUUCUGCCAACUCCUUGCAAUGAGAUGCCAAAGGCAUAUCCAUGCACAUUUAAAAACUGUCAACACUUUGUAAAUUUCAAUUUUGAAGGUGAUUCUCAGUCUAGUUCCGUCAAUGGUCGCAAUUUUGUUCUUCCACCAGUUCCACCUCAGACUCAGUAUAAUGACUUCACAGAUCAAGCAACGCAAUGCUCUCUUGAAGCUUCUUGCAACCCGCAGAGCACAAGCUGUCUCUGCACUCAUAUGCUGGACUUACCAUAUGGUCAAACUGUUCAACUUGUUUUCUCAUCAGUUGGACAGUAUGACAAAGCUCACCCCAUUCAUGUACAUGGUCACACAUUUCAUGUUUUAAAAGUUGGUUACCCCGAGUAUGAUUCCGAAACUGGGUUUAUAAAAAAUCAUAAUUUGGACAUUAAAUGCAAUGAUAGCACUUGCACCAAUAACUGCAAUAAAAAAAGAUGUACCCAGCCAGGCUGGUCCACUACCCAUGGACCCAUACUCUCCAUCGAUCAAAACACAAUUAGAAAGGACACCGUAAUACUGCCGGCUGGGGGGUAUGUUGUGAUUAAUUUUCUCAGCGAUAAUCCAGGAUUCUGGUUUCUACAUUGCCAUAUUGAGGUUCACCAGUUAGAAGGAAUGGCAUUGAUUCUCAAUGAAGCUGAAGCCUAUUCCAAUCAAUUGAAACCACCAGCCUCAAUGAAUAAAUGUGGAGACUUUCAUACGACAGUUGGUGACUAUGAAGAGUAUGUCAAAAAGUUCAAAACUUUGAUAUUUGCCUAUCAGCAAAACGCUACUAAAUUAUUGUUUGCACCAGAACCAGAUACAAGUGAUUCCCCUGAUACCAUUGAGAUUGAUGAUGUUAAUGAAGAAGAAAUGGAUGCAUUAAGCAAUGAACUAAGAGGGAAUCCCUAA